AUGCACAAGGCGGGGACGUUCUCGACCGUCGAUGCUGAAGGGGGGAUAGCAACACCCAAGGCGACGAGUCCCAGUACGUUUUGGACGCACUUGAAUGAAGAGGUGGAUCCCAGUCAGUCUGUUGGACCUCUAGCGGCAUUUUGUUUCAUGACGGGUUAUAUCGACGUGAUAUCUUUUUCUGCGAUAUUCGUAUGGUGUGGGUUCCAAACAGGCAACUUUGCUCAGCUCGCUAUCGCCCUAGCCCGCUUAUUCGAAACCCGACCCGAGGGAAGCGGGCACGAUACCUCGUUCCACAUGCCCGACAAGCAAGCUCUCACCUCUCUCAUCGCGUUCAACCUCGGAGCUCUCGUCGGGAGGCUGGGCGACCGGAUAGGGCCCCAUAAGCGAGUGUGGCUCAUCUUUGGGACCUUCCUCCAGGCGCUGCUUACGAUGGCGGCGUCGGCGACGAUAUAUAAGAGUAAUAUGCGGAGUAUCGCGGAUGAGAGGGCGGACCCUUCGUGGACGAAUGUUUUGGCGUUUGCGUGUAUAGCGUUUAUGAGCGCUAGUCUUGGUGUGCAGGGUAUCUUGGGCAAGAGGCUGAAUACGCAGUUCACGACGACGAUCGUGCUGACAACGGUCUGGGUGGAAUUGGUGACGGACCCCCAGCUGUUCAAUUUCCGAAAGAUGAUAAAGUCGCGCGACCACAAACUCAUUGCGGCGUCGUCUUUGUUCGUUGGUGCAUUCGCCGGGCGGGCUAUCUUGGGUGCUAUCGGUGCUCCAGCAGCUCUUGGAAUUGGCACAGGCAUCCGGGUGCUGAUCACUUUGUCUUGGAUAUUCGUGCCGAGCAAGGCCAGACGCUAA